AUUCUCUCUGCAGUGGAUGUCACUCUGGACCCAGACACAGCUCAUCCCCAACUCAAAUUGUCUGAGGAUCAGAAGAGUGUGAAUCUGGGAGACGCACGGCAGAACCUGCCUGACACACCUGAGAGAUUUAAUCGUACUUGCUGUGUGCUGGGCCGUGAGGGUUUCAGCUCUGGGAGACAUUACUGGGAGGUGGAGGUGGGAUUGAACAGUGGAUGGGGGCUGGGUGUUAUUAGGGAAAAUGUGAGUAGAAAGGGGACGAUUACCUUGUCACCUGAGCAAAAAUUCUGGAUUGUAGGUUUUAAUGGGGAAGAAUACUGGACCCUCACCUAUCCCAAGACUUCUCUCUUCCUACCUCAGCCUCUUUGCCGGGUGGGGGUUUACCUGGAUUACGAGGCUGGAGUCAUCUCAUUCUACGGUGGGACUGAUGGAUCCCACAUCUAAACAUUCCCUCAUAUUACCUUCUCUGGGACCCUCCGGCCUCUCUUCCAUCUUUGGACGGAAGAUCCAAUCCCCCUGACAAUCUGCUCUGUGCCCAGAGUGGCAGAGUAAGAUCCAAUCCUGUUCCUGCCCCCUCUUAGUUGACUCCAGUGUCCACCCAUAUCCCGGGAAGGAGGAAACAGCCUCAGCUGCUGGGCAUGAAGAUUCCCUCCUUGGGGCUGAUGUCCCAUUGAUCCUCCACUAACUCAGCCCCGGGGUCCCUCUUGCCCCUUAGGGAUCCUCCCAGUCUCCGCCUUCUGCACCCUGCAGCUCUCCAUCCCCUUCCAGGGCUGCAGCUACUUGUGUCCCCAAUUUAAUAAUAAUAAUGUUGGCAUUUGUGAAGCACUUACUAUAUGCUGAGCA